CUUUUUUGCUCGAAAGGAAAUUGCAUCACAGAUUUAUACGCGGAUUCUUCUGUGAGAAAAGGCUGAAUUCGUGGCGAUUGGCAGGAGAGCACUGUGCGAUGGAAAGUUGUCAUCGGCUCCCCCACUCCCUCCCACAGCGCACCCUCACUGCUAAAGAAAGGAUGGAAAGUAUCAGUGCCCUCUUUAUAUCAGCACGCAGCAAGAAGAUCCCUGUUGGCUUUUCAUUCAGAACCACUCCUGUACAGCUAUGGGCCUAAAGUCACUGAUCCUCCUCAUGUCUGCAGUCUUUCUCAGCACUGUCACCGUGGCAGCUGGCGAGGAGUGCAGAGACUAUAAGGUCCAGUUUGAGAGGGUCUUCACAGUUCCUGAGGAAGCUGCAGUUCUCAACUGCACGCUGGCAAGUUCAGAUGUCUUUGACCUCAGCAGCACCCCCUACAAUAUCUCCUGGUACGAGCAGCGGACCGGGAGGGAGCUGUCCACAGUGGCAGGCCGGAUCUGGGCUCGGGGGACCAUGCUGUGGUUCCUGAACAGCACACUGGAGGAUGCUGGCCACUACGAGUGUGUUCUCAGAACCUCUAACCAGUGCUUCAAACAAACCUCGGUGCUGAUGGUGCGUGAAACCAAGCCGGGGGACUGCGGUCGACCCAACAAAGCCAUUCAGAUGCUGACAGUGAUUGCUAAUGGACACUUGUCCUGCCCGUUAUUCACCUACAUGAGCCAUGCGGACAGCUAUACCUUAAAGUGGUACAAGGGCUGUGAUCUCAUCCAGGAUGGACACAAGUAUACCUAUGUGGAUCAGAACAAGCUCUUGGUGCAGCACGUCUCUCCCAGCGACACAGGGGAUUACACCUGCCGGGUGACCUUCUCCUUGGCUGGGACUUUCGCCCACACAGCCGAGACCAUCCAUUGUCAGGUCAAAGAGGAGUGGAACUUGAGGCCCUGGAUGUCUGAACCAGUUAAUGAGACAAUCAAAGCUCAUUUAGGAUCACCCUUCAGUAAAACCUGCAAGGUGUUUGUGCCUGGCCAGGGAAAUCACAUGGUACAGGUGUACUGGUAUGACGAAUUUGAUAUGAUUUCCACUGAUGCUUCAGACCGUGUGCACCAGACUCAUCUAAGUAAAGUGAAAGGUGAGAAUGGAGAGUGGGUGCUGGUGUUGCUGAAUUUCACAGUGGUAAAGGAAGAGGACUUUAACCACACGUAUCUGUGUGUUGUUAUCAGUGACAGAGACUUCAUCACCGGAAACUUCACCUUACAGCCGCCUGAUCCCGACCUCAGGAUUCCUCUUGUUAUUCUGUUCACUGGCUUGGUGCUGGCCUUCUUUGUUGGCAUUGCUGCUUACAGAACACUGAAGAUAGAUGUUGUUCUGUGCUGCAGAAGCUCCUUCCCUUAUCUCUACACAGGCUCAGGGGCUGAUGGGAAGGUGUACGAUGCGUACGUGGUGUACCCCAGGAUGUCCGAGGGGGGGUCCUGCCGGUCCGCGGAGGCGUUUGCCCUGCACACCCUUCCCCACGUUUUGGAAAGGAUGUGUGGAUACAGACUCUUCAUCUUUGGUCGGGACAGCCUUCCGGGGGAAGCUAUCGUGGACAGCGUUCAGGAGAACAUGGCUAAGAGCCGCAGGCUCCUGCUCCUGUACACGGCCUCCACCUUUUCGGAGAGCAGCUCGGCGCUCCUGUUCGAGCAGCAGACGGGCACGCACAGCGCCCUUGUAGAGGGUACCAUCCGGGUCAUCCUCGUGGAGCUGGAGGAGGUGACAGACUACUCGCUGUUCCCCGAGUCCGUCCUGCACCUGAGGAGGAAGCAGGGGGCCAUCCGGUGGUGGAGGAGGCGCGGAGGCCAACGGGAGAGCUCGCUGCUCUGUCCGUCCUCCAGGUUCUGGAAGCAGGUCCGCUACAACAUGCCCGUUAGGGGCGGCCACGCGGCGUGUUUGGAAAAGAACUCCUUGUUGAGCCUCUAAAAGGCCGCCGAGGGGGUCUGCGGCCCCGUCCUGCUCAUCACCUGUCCUGACUGGGGCAUGUGGAAUGAGGUGAAGCACACGGCAACACUCCAGGCACAUAGAGACGCGUCAGUGACGCUCAGAGGUUAGCCUUUGGUUUCUCAUGCGAUGCCUGCCCCAAAUCAAAGCCUGUAAACUAGAGUGAAACACUGCCUGUCCCAGAGAUGUCCCUACGUCUCUGUGUGAUAAAGCUGAACCAAACUGAAAAAUGGGGGAUUUGGGGAAGUGGCACAUGUGGCCCUGAAAUAUGUCCUGCUGCUGCUGAUGAUGAUAAUGACGAUGAUGAUGUUACCUCUUUAUAGCGCACCACUGAUCUGAACAUGAGCUGGAUCACAUCGGUGAAGUGUGAAGUGGCAUUUAAAUAACCGAUCAUGUAACUAGAGGAUUCCCAGUUUGAAUCUUGGGCCACUGUUGUUACAUACUUAUGCAGGUGACUUAACCUUGAUUGCUCCCACAGACAUGCAGCUGUGUGUAUAAUUGCAAAAUGGGGUCUGUGGUCUGUGAAUUACUGUAAUGAGUUACAUCUAGAUGAAGAACACAAUGAACAAGCCUCUGUGGUUUGUCUGCUUUCACAUGCUCAACGGUCGUCAAAAGCAGUGGCAUUUGUGAUGAAAUGAUAUUUCGCAGAUGAAGACAACUCAUGUGACCAAUAUUAAUAAUUAAUUAUGGGAUGCAUUAAGGAAGUGCAGCUGUCUGCAAGGAAAGUCAGCUUACAUUGUGGAGCUGAGUUUGCCAUCACUGGCUUAAAGGCACACAAUGGUGGGCUGUCCCCACUCCGGGUGUGAGAGGAGGGAAUUCUGCUGGAACACAGUGCUCUUUUCAAACGUGUGAUUCAACCAAAGUUAUACAUCAGACUCAAGUGGAAUGCACCAUAACUGGUGGUAAAGCUGUCAGCCUACGUGUCUAACUGAAGCGGUGAAUCAUCUGCUCUUUAUCAGAGCUGCUGUUGCGUGCCGAUGUGAAGGAGAGGGGGGGAAAAGCCACAGCGGUCACCCACGCCUUUGCUGUUGGUCAGAAGCAUGCAGGGUGGAACGCGACAGGAAGCGUGGCCCGAUUGUCACAUCAAGUACAGCAACAGGAAGCGCAACAGUGUGAAAAUAGGGACCCUGGUGUGAUGUUUGGACUGACAACAUCUCACUUUCUUGAGUGUGUUAAAUCAUAAUGAGCACUCCACUGUUUUUCACGUACUACAGGAAAUGAACUGAAUGAGUUUUAGUAGAGGAACUGAAGGCUGGGCACAUCCAUCAGUCAAAGUACAGUGAAGCUAUGCUGUUAUACAGACAGUGUUGGAGAUAUGAGAGAGACAGCUGGCUUGUGUAGAAUGAUUGCCGUGGUUUCUUAAACCUCUUCCUCCCUGAUCACUAAUUAAACCAUAUUAUGAUAA